GUUAACAGUUGGAACUUGGAAAUUCGAAUUUCAACGUGUGCGGGGAGAGAUAGAGAGAGUGAAAGAGAGACUUAGAGAGUGAAAUAGAGAGAAAGAGAGGGAGAGAAAAGCGAAGGACUCUCGUAUUGGUGGUGGCGGCGGCGGGUGAUUUUCGUGAAAAUUUUAAAGGGAGAUGUCAACUGAGCUCAAUACAAUUGAAUCUCGCAGUGCCCGUGUCAGUCCUGCUGCUUCAGGAUCGCAGAAAAAAAUAAUCGAGAAACCGCCAUUCAAACUUUGUUUUGCGAAACAUCCGGAAACUGGAAGAUCCGAUGCUUGUAUUCCGAAAAUAAACGCUGAAUUUAUCACACCGAAAUUUUAUUCACGAGAAAUGGACUGUACUCCGAGUGAGAAUGUCAUUGAGGAAGCCAAAGAAAUAGCAAAAGAGGAAUUUAAAACACCGAAGAAACUCUAUCGUUGGCCAGUUUUAACCAGUCAUGUAUAUGGCUGGUGGCAUGAUAAAGGAAUUCGUCCGAUUGAUGGAAAAUUUAAUUUCCAUAAAAAAACAUCUGAUCUCGUAAGUUUCCAAAUGAAAAUAUAUUCCGAGGAUCGAAAAAUAAGGGGACUUGACCACUGA